CGGAAACAAGCAGUAACUCAUAUGUUUCAAUGUUUCACAACCUGCUCAAAACUCAGACAGCCAUCUUUUGUGGAAAAAUCAUUUGUUUCGUCUCGUCAGGGUAAAUUUCGCAAUUGUAAUUAAUGUCAGAGCCACAGUCUUCGCUUUUAUUGAAAAAGCAGCUAGCUGAAUUGAACAAAAAUCCAGUAGAAGGCUUUUCUGCUGGGUUGAUAGAUGACAAUGACAUAUACAGAUGGGAAGUCCUCAUCAUCGGUCCUCCAGACACGUUAUAUGAGGGUGGAUUCUUCAAGGCACACUUACAUUUUCCUAAAGAAUAUCCUCUGAGGCCACCGCGGAUGAAAUUUGUCACUGAAAUAUGGCAUCCGAAUAUUGAAAAGAAUGGUGAUGUUUGCAUAUCAAUAUUACAUGAACCUGGUGAUGACAAGUGGGGCUAUGAGAAAGCCUCGGAGCGGUGGUUGCCAGUGCACACAGUUGAGACCAUUCUUAUAAGUGUAAUUUCCAUGCUGGCAGACCCUAACGAUGAGAGCCCCGCUAAUGUUGAUGCCGCGAAAGAAUGGAGAGAGCGAUAUUCGGAUUUCAAAAAGAAAGUUGCGAGAUGUGUUAGGAAAAGUCAAGAAGAUUGUUUUUAGGAGAGAGAGGGGAACUAGAUCACAAUAUAUUAUCAUUGGAGAAGGGCCACAUGUGACAACCGUACCAAAAGCAUACCACAUUGAAUAAUUUUCACGCUAGGUCGCUGCACGCACCAACCAGUUUUUACUCAAUCAAGACCCGCGUACGCCUUUAGUAGACGAGUGCUCAUUCUGUUUCUUUUUACAGAAAGAAUGGAGAGAAUCAUAUUCGGAGUUUAAAAGGAAAGUAGCACAGUGUGUGAGAAAGAGCCAAGAGGAUUGUUCCUAAGUAACAGUGCCCUUUUUCAUUAAUUUAGUUGGAUAGUGAGUGUUUGGUGAUGCAGUUAGGACGUUGUUGAGAGCAGGCCCCGGCGUGACUCAUAGUGCGGGCCCACCCACCCGGGCCAGAGACAAUAUUGAAAUUGAUUUAAAAUAAAUACUUAUUGUAAUUAAAAGGUAUCGCUGCCGUAUUUUAUAAAUAAUAAAUUAAAAUAGAAUCCAAGGUCUUUUUCAUCUUUUUUAAGACAUGUUAGAGCUAUUGUUAUAAUAAUGAAAUAUGUAUGGUAAUUUUUAUAGAAAAACAAAUCUGCAUUUUGUUGUCUUUACUUCCUAAUAUGACUACAAGUUUGAUCUCUGUAUAGUAGAAACCAAAUCUGAAGUAAUUUAAAACAAUGAAUAAUUAUUUAUUACGUAUCGCAACUUAUUUUAUUGUAAAAAUAUAAACAAACAUGCAAUACUUAAAACAUGUCAAAAUUAUAAAAAAUGUAAAAUGAGCUACCAAACUUAUAAUUUGCACGAUGAUUAGUUACCGACUUGAUGCAAUGCAAUACUAAUUGUGUUAUUGGUAGCCUUUAUAACGUCGCUUCUCAGAAUUACAAUUUUAUUCUAGUGCUAAUUUUAGUAGUUUUAAUACUUAAUUAUAAUUUUUACUGAAUAAAUAUAACUUUUGUAAACUUAUAAUUGUAUCGAUUCUACCUUGCCCUCUAUGCACAUAUGAAUAAAGCACAGGUUGACAAAAUAGCAGCUGUUAGACUAUCGCAAAGCGAUGGUGUAGCGAGCUACAUAUAACACUUACAAAUUUUGCUCAACUUUGAAACUAGGCAGGAAGAUAUUAUGUUGAAACUGUUUGAUAUCUUUUUAGUUUUGUACAUUAGUUCUCAAUAUUGUCAAUUAUGUUUUUGUGUACAAUUCAAAGAAAAGCUUUGUUACCAUUUUGGAUGUGAAAAUUAAUAUAGUUAUAAAGAUGAUAAAUGAAAACCCCUCAUAUUCGCUCGUAUAUCAUCGAACAUUGAUUUGUGACGUGUGUAUAAUACUUUUCCCUGUGUAUGUAUAUUUUUUGCUAUAAAAUCAUAAUGCAGUGA